CAAAGGGAAAACAAGCACAAGUUUCUCCUCUGCACACUUGCACUGACUAUGUGACAGAGUCAGCAGAUAAACUCUGGAAGAUCUCAAAGUAAAACGAAAACGGAAGGAAAAGCCAAAUUAAAAAUCAGCUUCCCAGGGAAAUCUGUGGAACGGAGGACAAAACUGCAACAGUUUUCCGUGGGCACAGCCUGCUGCUUGUCUCUCUGAGAACUGUCAGUCACUUCACUUUGCAUUAAUCAGAGCACGGGAUUUAUUUCUCUGCCAUGACUUCCAACCUGUGAAUAAAUAUCACUUUAUAGAGAGAAUGGAACCUGAAAAGACUCUCGAGCACUGAGCAGAGGGGUGAGUUUUAUUAAACAGUUUCUUCUCUUUCAAAUCUGCUGGAGCUUUCUAACAUCCUGCUUUCAGGAACAGCAGCCAGAUGACUUGUCUUUUCACUGCAGCUUGUUGCACACCUCACCAGGUUUUCCUGGCUGCAGGUUUAUUUCUGUAACCUUUCCCACCACGACUCCAAGUCAGUGUGGUAACAUUUGUAGUAUAGCUGGCUUUGUGCUGAUUUCCUCUCAUGAGAAACUAGAAACAUAAAGCUUUGAAGUCAAACAACAGGCUAAAGAAUCAAAUAAAAUCCAAUACAAUUAAAAUGGCAGGUGACUCUAAAUUUCCAGAUAUGCAUACUGAUGGACUAGAAAAGAAUGAAGAAACAGAGAUUGUGGUCAAUGUUGGUGGGGUAAGGCAGGUGUUCUACGGAGAUAACCUGAAUCAAUAUCCAGAAACACGACUGGCAGAGCUGGUCCACUGCUUAUCAGGGGGAUAUGAUAGCAUAUUCUCCCUCUGUGAUGACUAUGAUCCUGGAAAAAGAGAGUUUUACUUUGACAGAGAUCCAGAUGCUUUUAAAUGCAUUAUUGAUGUAUACUACUUUGGAGAAAUUCACAUGAAGAAAGGAAUAUGCCCUAUAUGUUUCAAGAAUGAAAUGGAAUUUUGGAAGGUGGAUCUUAAAUUUUUGGACGACUGCUGCAAAACUCACCUGAGUGAAAAAAAGGAGGAACUGGAAGAAAUAGCCCGAAGAGUGCAGUUGAUUCUGGAUGACUUGGGAGUGGAUGCCUCUGAAAAUCGCUGGAAAAGAUGCCAAAAAUACAUCUGGAAAUUCAUGGAGAAGCCAGAAUCAUCCUACCCAGCGAGAGUAAUUGCAGUUUUGUCCUUUCUGUUUAUUUUGAUCUCCUCUAUAGUGAUGUGUGUGGGGACCAUUCCGGACCUGCAGGUUGUAGACCCAGAGGGGAAUCGCAUGGAGCAUCCAACCCUGGACAGCAUAGAGACUGCUUGUAUAGGCUGGUUCACCAUGGAGUAUGUGCUGAGACUGAUCUCUUCUCCAAAUAAACUCUACUUUGCUCUGUCUUUCAUGAACAUUGUCGAUGUGCUAGCAAUACUUCCCUUCUACGUCAGCCUGAUCCUGACCCACUUGGGAGCCAAACUCAUGGAGCUGAGCAACGUCCAACAGGCCGUGCAGGCGCUGCGCAUCAUGAGGAUUGCAAGGAUCUUCAAGCUUGCCCGGCACUCCUCAGGGCUGCAGACUCUAACAUACGCUCUGAAAAGAAGCUUCAAGGAGCUGGGACUGCUCCUGAUGUACUUAGCUGUGGGAAUCUUUGUCUUUUCUGCCUUGGGUUAUACCAUGGAGCAAAGUCACCCUGAUACCUUAUUUAAAAGCAUCCCUCAGUCAUUUUGGUGGGCAAUCAUCACCAUGACCACAGUUGGAUAUGGAGACAUAUACCCUAAAACAACGCUAGGAAAACUGAAUGCUGCCAUCAGUUUUCUUUGUGGGGUGAUAGCAAUUGCCCUUCCCAUCCACCCCAUCAUUAACAACUUUGUCAGGUAUUAUAACAAGCAGAGAGUUUUAGAAACAGCUGCCAAGCACGAAUUGGAGCUGAUGGAGCUAAACUCAGCUGAGGGGAAAGCCGCAAACUCCAGGAGCGAACCAGAGGAUUUUGCAAGGGAAGGCAAGGAGGGUCCUUUUUGUAGCAGCCGGUUAAAAGUGUCCCACAGUGACACCUUCAUUCAUCUGCUGUCAGAAGAGAAGCACUACAGAACCAGGCUUCAAAGCUGCAAAUAAACUGGGAGCUGUCAGUGCUGAGCUAUAGAUCAGAACAUCCUGCCAAUCAGCUAAUGAGAAGACACGAGGGAUCUAUCAGUCUUGGGAGCAAGCACUGCUUUCCUUUUCCAGCGUGAAUAACAAUUAACCCCAUGGUAUCUUCAUCAACGGUUGGUAAGACUUUGCUGUUAUUAUCCCAAAUACAAUAUUAUGACUCCAUGGAGAUCAGAGUGAUUAUAAUGAAUGCAUCCUGACAAAACCCAUUUGUAACCAUAUUAGAGACUGCAAAUUACUUCCUUGACCAGUAAAUGUUCAAUGAUCUGAAUGUGCAACAUUGCCAAACCAGAAUUCUGUACCUGUGAUAAU